UCCCCCGCCCUCCCCAACCCACGCCUGGGUGGGCCAAUCGCUGCUGCGCAUUCCAGGCGCUUUCUCAGGUUUCUGCUGAUCUUGCAGCGCCCAGAAAUGGACCGAGCGGACCUGCGGCCGCAAGCACCCUGCUCCACUCGCAGCCCCUAACCGCUCCGGCGCGCCGCGAAGCCCCGGCGAGGUCCAGGCGGGAGUGCGGGAAGCGGGGGAGACCCGAGCGCCAUGUAGAUCCAGGCUUUCGCUCGCCCGCCUCCUUCGGGAUCGAAUCAAGGGUUCUCAUAGUGUUAGGAGGGGGCGAGAGUGCUGUUUAUCGUCAUUUGCUUCAGAGCUUCGGGAGAGGGUGGCAUUUUGCUUUUCCGCCCGCAUCCUCCGGAACUCCCUGCACCAGAGAGAGAGGACGGCACCUCCAGGUUGCAGACGGCGGGUGCGAAUGGGGGUAGGGAGUGGACAUUUCCGCGGUGGCGGCUCGGUCGAACGAUUGUCCAGCUGAAGGGGCGUAGGACGAGUGGGCCAGGGCUGAGACUUUGCCCUGGCGCCUCUCGGAUGCUGCUGCGGCCGCGGCUCGCGCCGGGUACUGCAAAGGCGGCUGCCGCACUCGGACUCCGAAUCUCCGCGGACUCAGCACCGCCCUGCGCCAAGCCGGCCGGCCAGCGACCAUCGAUCGCCCUGGUGGGAGCUUAGAAGGCAGCAGGCGAAGAGGGGUAGGAGGGGGGAGAGCCGAGGAGAAGCACAGGGGGUGGCAGGCGAGGGGAUCUGCUGGCUCCGCACCACCGGUCCUAGGCGGGCUCACGGAGGGGAGGGGAGGCCAGGGUAACUCCGAAGCCAUGGCCUUGUCCGCUAGGACGGCACUGCGUUGAGGCACCUCGGAGCAGGAAGAAGUUCCAACUCCCUACCCCUAGCCCCAACCCUAGGCAAAAAGCUCUGUCCCGGGCUUCCGGCCAGGGGGAGCCCAAACUGAGUAACAGGCAGGGUGGAGGGGAAGGUAAUACCGAGCGAAGCCUCAGAUCUCGGGAUCGCCCCGCUUCGAAGCCCCUCCCCCUGAGCGUGGGGCAGCCGUGCACUCCGGUGGGGGGGGCGCUUGGGUCCCCCCCACCCCUCUUCCCUAGCUCCUCCCCACUCCCGGUCCACUCCUGGCCUCAUACCCCUGCACCUGGCUUCCAUCAUGACGGUGAUGUCUGGGGAGAACGUGGACGAGGCCUCGGCCGCCCCGGGCCACACGCAGGAGGGCAGCUACCCGCGGCCCGCCGACCACGAGGACCACGAAUGCUGCGAACGCGUGGUGAUCAACAUCUCGGGGCUGCGCUUCGAGACCCAGCUCAAGACCCUGGCGCAGUUCCCCAACACGCUGCUGGGCAACCCAAAGAAACGCAUGCGCUACUUCGACCCCCUGAGGAACGAGUACUUCUUCGACCGCAACCGGCCCAGCUUCGACGCCAUCCUCUACUACUACCAGUCGGGGGGCCGGCUGCGAAGGCCCGUCAACGUGCCCCUGGACAUGUUCUCCGAGGAGAUCAAAUUUUAUGAGCUGGGGGAGGAGGCCAUGGAGAAGUUCCGGGAGGACGAGGGCUUCAUCAAAGAAGAGGAGCGCCCCCUGCCCGAGAAGGAGUAUCAGCGCCAGGUGUGGCUGCUUUUCGAGUACCCCGAGAGCUCGGGACCCGCCAGGGUCAUCGCCAUCGUCUCGGUCAUGGUCAUUCUCAUCUCCAUCGUCAUCUUUUGCCUGGAGACGCUCCCCGAGCUGAAAGAUGACAAGGACUUCACGGGCACCCUCCACCGGAUUGAUAACACCACGGUCAUCUACACCUCCAACAUCUUCACCGAUCCCUUCUUCAUCGUGGAGACCCUGUGCAUCAUCUGGUUCUCCUUCGAGCUGGUGGUGCGCUUCUUCGCCUGCCCCAGCAAGACAGACUUCUUCAAAAACAUCAUGAACUUCAUCGACAUCGUGGCCAUCAUCCCCUACUUCAUCACCCUGGGCACUGAGAUAGCAGAGCAGGAAGGGAACCAGAAGGGUGAGCAGGCCACCUCGCUGGCCAUCCUCAGGGUCAUCCGUUUGGUCAGGGUUUUUAGAAUCUUCAAACUCUCCCGCCACUCCAAGGGCCUCCAAAUCCUGGGCCAGACCCUCAAAGCUAGCAUGAGGGAGUUAGGGCUGCUCAUUUUCUUCCUCUUCAUCGGGGUCAUACUAUUUUCUAGCGCAGUGUACUUUGCCGAGGCGGAAGAAGCUGAGUCGCACUUCUCCAGUAUCCCCGAUGCUUUCUGGUGGGCGGUGGUGUCCAUGACCACUGUGGGAUAUGGUGACAUGUACCCUGUGACAAUUGGAGGCAAGAUCGUGGGCUCCUUGUGCGCCAUUGCCGGUGUGCUGACAAUUGCCCUGCCUGUACCUGUCAUUGUGUCCAAUUUCAACUAUUUCUACCACCGAGAAACUGAGGGGGAAGAGCAGGCCCAGUUGCUCCACGUUAGCUCCCCUAAUUUAGCUUCUGACAGUGACCUCAGCCGACGCAGUUCCUCCACUAUCAGCAAAUCUGAGUACAUGGAGAUCGAAGAGGAUAUGAAUAAUAGCAUAGCCCACUAUAGACAGGCCAAUAUCAGAACUGGCAAUUGCACCACAGCUAACCAAAACUGUGUUAAUAAGAGCAAGCUACUGACCGAUGUGUAAAAAGCAAGCCAGCAAGACAGGCCCAUCUAGCAGUGGGAAAGACUUCAAAAAUUAAACAGAACCCCAGUGACCCUGGUCACACUUUGUAAAUACUAAAUAGGCUUGGAAUGCUCUAUUGAACUGUCAAUGCAUUGUUGCAUUGCCCAUUUUGUGGGUGGCAAAGCAGAAGCUUUCAAGAUACGUGAAAAGAGGAACUAUUUUUGUUUUAAUAUAAAAGGGGAAAAGAAAGUGUAUUUUCUAAACCUGAUUAAAAACAAAAUUCAGUUGAUGAGCUAGUCUAGGUAAAAUAAGAUUCCUAUGUGUCCCUAUACUGAAACCUUUUUAAUCCCGGGCUUCUUUAACUUUUUUUUUUUCUUUUAACUAAAAGUCAGAUGAUCACUUAGAAAUAUAAAAUUAAAAUUUGCAUGGGACUUCAAUUUAAAAUCUUUACUAACUGCACAGAACAUUUUAGACAGUGCAUCUGAUGUAUUAUAUAUGUCAUGAUAUACCAGCCAAAAAGGGAAAUGAACAGAUGUUUCUAUUUUGAUCAAUCAAAUCUCAAUAUUAGCAGGUUGGAAAAAAAAACAAAAAACAAAAAACACCCAAAUUACAAAUUACGUAAGGCUGGUUCACAAAGCACCUUCCAAAUCUGACACUGGUUUUGCUCUGUAGGGGUUUUCCCUCUACCCCCAAGACCCUUCUAAUCCAAAUUCUUCUCUAAGGAAAAGAUAAGCAAAUUAAGCUAAUUGAGUCAUCUGUAGUGCUGCUAAAUUUCUCAACUGCAGAUGAGCCAAACACAGGUCUUUUCUUACCUGCCCUGCACCCUGACUCCUGGCCUCCAGAACUGGAUGUAAAACUUUAGCCUCCUUUAUUGCAAGUGAGCAAAAAUGGAGUUAAAUGUAAGCAUGUUUGAAUCUGAUAUUUAUUUUAUAAUCGCAUGCUGAGAACGUUAACUCAGACAAUAGGGGAUAAGCUUACUUUGGAAUUGACUCUUCUAAAAAUAGAUCCUUUUCAUUUGCAUUCACCAAAAGUGCACUCCUUCAUUUAUUAACUAUUUUAUUAGUAAAUAAAGUACUGUAUUUAAGUGCAUAUGUUAGUCAGAUGGGAAAAAAAUAACCUUUUGGAGCUCAAAGCAUGUUCUCUUAUUCAGCAUUAUGGCCUAUUUGAUUAAGGUGUACCUUGAAUUAAUUAAUGCAUGAUUUCAGAAAAAAAAGAAUUUAAAAAGAAUAAAAAUUACAAGUUUGUGGGAUGAUAAGCCCAAAAGAAAUAAUGGGGGGGUGGGGGUGGGGGGCACUCAGUCAAUUUUCCUGCCUUUGCUCAGGGAAAUGUCAGGUUUACUGUGCAGGUGUAGUAGAGAAAGGACCACUAUGCCCAUCCCUUAAAGGGAAGCUUUACGGAAAACUAAGUAAGUCAUCAAGGUAUAUAUAGUAACUAACACCUAAGAACAAGUAUUCUUUUUAGCUGAAGAUAAACACAAGCAAAACAAACACACAAACAAACAAACAAAAAAAAAGGUGCAAUACUGCAUGUUUAUUGGUGCAUUCUUAGGAUGUUAAUGAAAUUGUUUAUCUAUUGUAUGCAUCCAAAGCAGAGCUGAUUUCUUUUUGCAGUCAUGAUUUGAGGUCUGUAGAGACUUCGGCCCUCCCCCUUGAGGCUCCCUGAAGAAACUCAACCAAUUGAUUUAAUAGUUGCUUAGUGCCUUUAUCCUGUACCCACAGCGAGCUGCAGAAAGUGCCUCCAUUAACACAGCUGAGAAGUUAUGUAAUAAAAGAGAGGAAGGGUUGGGGCACAGAUACUUUGCUUUUCCUUUUCCACCCUCCCCCCGUCUCGCUUCACCCUGUGAGAUCACACCUUCCCAAAGCCAGGAGAGAGCAAAGCCCCAGGAAGGUGCUGUCUUUCCAGCUUCCACCAGACUCGGUCCCUUUGCAGGAUGUAACCAGGGGCCCUGAGACCCAUCUUCAAUGUGGACACGAACUGUGAACUUGGUCUUAUCCUCUCCUCCACCAGAAGCCAAGAUAAACUUUUGGGGGAAUUUGUUUCCUCUCCAGGGCCACUCCAGACUUCAGGGCUUCCUCAGGUCCAGUGAGGGGGUCCUGCCAUGUUCCCUUGUUCCUCCUCUGCUAACAGCAGCGCUUUGCAAAUCUUGGAUCUUUACGACCAUCAUCAUGGACAUGAGAACACCCAGAUCAGAGGCUAUCCUAGGCCCUCCCUCCUGGCCCACUUCUUCAGAUCUUCCUGGAAGCUCUUAUAAACUUCCCACCCAGAGGUCAUUUGACAGGCUGAGCAUCUAACUGCUGUCGCCCUUCCUUUCCUGUGACCAGUCUGGAGAACAGCGGGGACCCUGGGCUAGGUUGAAAGAGAGCCCCAUAAUAUGGACAUUUGGGGCAAGCAGCUGUCCACCAGUAGAGAGGCACUCACAGCCUUUUUGAGGACACCAAGGCGGUGACCUUCAUUCUGCACUGAGCAUGCGGCCACCUGCUGCUGACCAUCUUCCAUUCCUGCCUUGCUUCUUCUGGAAAUCUGUUACUCCCAUCCCUUCUUCCACCCCCUCCUAGCACUCACAGUGAGGCAAUAAACCAAGAAACUCGAAUUAUACCCAGGCUGGCUUGACUCCCAAUUGCAAGAAAGAACAUGGCUAUUUUCUCCACCUGUGUGGCUUCUGUGACUCUGUAAGAUGAAUUGUAACACAUUGUGGAAGGUGAAGGUCACGGUUUGCACAGCAUUCGACCACAGGUCAUUCAACCUCCCCUGCGACGUUUCCUUCUCCUUUGAACUUUGACUCAUCCUGGUUAUUCCUCUCCUCCCUGCUUAAAAGUCCCCACUUGGGAAAAAAUACCAACCUCCCCCAAAUCUCUAGGAAUGUUUGGUCUUUUAUUUAGACUCUGAGGUCUAGGACACACAGAACUUGAAACGCUGCGCUCUGUCAACAGCAAUAAUCCACUUGGUACUGUGGGAUGGAUGGGUCAGAGGAUGAGAAAAUGGGACCAAGACUGAGCAGACUGACUCUGGCUAACUGGUAUACCUCUCAUAACAUCAAGCAGGGCGGGCUGGAUUCUUCUGCAUGUGUUACAGGAAAAAAUGCUGCAUGCAGGGAGCCUGUCAGCCUGGCACUGGGGAUGAGUUGUUGUUAUGGAUUUGGGUGGUAUGGGGAAAAUGAAUGCUGCUUAGCCAUCUGAGCUCAUUGCAACCAAGAAUGGAGUACAGGACUACCCAUGUAGCAUAGGCAUGCAGAGCUUGACGAAGUUCCUACCCUUGCACUGCAAUGUGCUGAAAUGUUUUUGUAGACCUGAAGGUGCACUUAACAAAACUGCCUAUUAAGGAAUGACUAUCUUUUGGUUGACUUACAUUUCUUUUAUUGGGCUUUUCACCUUCCAUCCCCUUCUGGGCCUUGAGCUCUCAUGGCUCCUGUCCUGUCCUUAAUACUUGUUUUCUCCAGAAGGAGAAGACUUUUGACAUGCUGAUAGCCAUAACUCAACUCUUCCAUGUGUUGGGGCCCUAGUUCAAUAGGGUGACAGUGGGAGGGUUGGGUCACACCAGGGCUGUUAGCCAUCCCAGAAUCUCUGAAGUGGUUAACUCACCUCAAGUAAUCUGAAUUAGAGAGACCAAAGACAUUCAUUUCCUCUGUCCUCAGAUUUCUAGAAGACAGAUUGCAGCCAGGAAAGAUUUUGUUUUUGUAUCUCCUCAUCCCCAUCUGUGCACAGCCCUCCCUUGCUCCCCUUGAGAGUUGAGUUCUGAGCAUCAGUUCAAACAGUUUUUUGGGAGCAUGUUAGUGUGUUAGCCUAGCACAGUCAAAUAAACUGGUAGCAAAUUGUUCCCCUGGAAUUUGUCUGGUGGACAGUCAUUUCUCUAACAGGAAAGGAUGUGGUAGGUUUUGACUCCACGCUGGUGGAACCAAAGCACAAGUGAUGGUAUAAGACUUGACUCAUUUGAGAAUUAAAAAUGAUACAUGUUAACGGUGAGGAAGGAUUCCUUGAAGUAGAAAUUGGGUUUAGUUCAUCAAGAGCCUUCUUCACACGUGUGUAGGUGCAGACUUUUCAAAUUAGUUAACAUCUGAAGAGUCAGGAAAAAUUGCUUUUUAAUUUAAUAAAGGAGACCUCAAAACACUUUUUUUUUUUAAAAAAAAAUCUUACAAUUGAGUUCUUUUGUUGGUAGAUUGGAUUGAACAAAAAGGAAAAAAAAAAAAAAGAAUAUCAGCAGAAGGCAAUUCCCCAUUUUCUUCCAGGAACGACUUAUUCCUGGGAGUGGUGAGAAUUGGUGGGUGGUAACCAUCCAUAGU